ACUUGAUCUAAGACAGAAUCAUGCUGGUAAAAAUGUUGCCGAUCGUUGGAUUGGUGUGGUGUUUACUUGCCUUGGCCCAGGCUAGGAAAGAAUCAACGGUGGAAGAAUGUGAACAAAAUCUCUCCGAUUCGCUGAAGCCACGGCUAUGCCAGUUGCGUCAGUAUGAAACGGUCGACUCGGAGGAUAUGGACAGGCACAUGCAUUGCGUUCUAGAAGUAGUUGGAUUCGUAAAGGACAGUGGCGAUGUUGCGAGUGAAAAGCUACUAGAAAUGCUUAAGGUGGUUGAUUCCAGCCAUGAUCAUGUCUCUAAUGUGGAGAAAUGCGCUGCUGAAUCUUCGAAGUUUAGCGGUUCUAAAAUGGCUAACACCUUCUACACAUGCUUUUUGGGAACGAGCUCCGAAUCGGCAUUCAAGAACGCAGUGGAUUAUGUCGAAUUGCUACGAGCAGGAAAGCUGAAGCAGAAUGCUCCGUUCGACGCUAACCAGGUGUCGGCAUUGAUCAAAGAGAUUGAUGAUGGCUUGUGCUAAAUAUGUUUUGAGAAUGAUUGAAAUCAGAAUGAAAUAAACUAAACACUAAGGCAAGCACAAACUUUUUCC